UUGAAACUCAUAAAGGCUAAUUAAUACAUUAUAUAAAGAAACGUUUUUCAUUUAUACGUACCGUGGUCCAUUUUAAUCUGCAUAUCUCGUCCUCAUUUAAGUGACAACAAUACAUGGAUAAAAGCAACACACCAGAGAUCAGGAGAGAAAGGGUUCAUACCGAGAAAUUAUGUUGUUACAGAUUUCAAAAAAUAUUACUUAAAAGAUUGGUGGCAUGACUUGAACAAAAAAGAAACAGUUAGUCAGCUGUCGACACCUCAUUUUGGACCAGGAGCUUUUAUCAUAAGAACCGCAUCCGAUAAAAUGUCACUGGCAUUAUCCAUUAGAGAGUCAGAGAUGGGAGAAAAUACAGUUAAAAUCAAACAUUACAGAAUAUUUUGGUCAAACGACGGGAGAUUUCGUCUUUCAACAGAAGAUCGUCUGUUUGCCGAUAUGACUGCGCUGAUUAAAUACUAUCAAGAUAAUUCGAUUAAUGGCUUGUGCCUAGGAGAACAAAUUGCCAAAACGAUUCCCGACGUGCCUUUCAGAGAUCUAGAAUCACACGCAAAAUUGGUGGCAAUCCGUCAAAAUGUGGGUCCAAAUUUAAGCACGGGUGUAUGGAGAAACCGAGGUGUUACAAUUAAACAAUAUAGUCAGUUGGAGAUUAAAGACUUCUUGACAGAGAUAGAUAUAUUGAAGCGAUUAAAGCAUGAUAAAAUUAUAAAUUUGCUAGCCGUGAUCACAAAAGAGAAACCGUUCCUGAUGGUUUUUGACAUGAUAACAAUAGGUACACUCACUGAUUAUCUCAGAAAAGAUAUGGGAAAGACCAUACAACACGAUCAACUUCUUGAUAUGGCAAUUCAGAUUUCAAAAGGUAUGGAUUAUUUGUGCAAUAAACAAAUUGUCCAUAGAGAUCUUAGGACAGGACAUAUACUUGUCGGGCAUGGAAAUAAGCUCAAAAUUGCCGGAUUUGGAAGGGCAAAAAGGCUUCAGAAUGAUUGUUAUGUUUCACACGACACAGAACUGCUUGCAAUUAAGUGGACUGCACCGGAAGUGUUUAAUGAAUGUGAAUUCACAACUCAUUCAGAUGUGUGGGCCUUUGGUGUGUUACUUUAUGAGAUGAUUACUUUUGGAAAGAUACCUUACCCAGGUAUGAGCAAUGACGAAACAAAAAAUAAAGUUAUAAAAGGAUAUAGGAUGAAAAUGCCUGAUGAUGGACCUAUUCUUUGUCCACGAGAAUUAUAUGACAUCAUGUUGCAUUGCUGGGACAAAGUUCCUACAAAAAGACCCACAUUCUUAAACAUUUUAGUUUUGCUCAACAAUUAUGCUAGUCCAGAUAAAAAACCGCAUCUUUCUGAAACAGAAACAAAGACCAGAGACAGAGCAAAAGUAAAGCCUAAAACAGAGAAAGAUACUAAAAAUGCGUGCGUGUGCAUGUAAAAAAGCAUAACACAUAGACCGAAUUUCUUUCAUGUUUAGCCAGUUUUGUAAGCAGUAAAGAUAUACAAUCUCUUUUUUUAAGUAUUGUUUAAUAGAUAAAUUAAAAAGACGAGGAUACUUUUUUAUCUUUUAAAUGAUAUUGUACGGAAGAAAUGCUAAGAUUUUGUUUUUAUGCCCCCACAAAGUGGGAGCAUAUAGCAUUGCACUUGUCCGUCCGUCCGUACGUCUGUCCGUCCGUCCGUCCGUCCGUCUGUCUGUCCGUCCGUCCGUCCGUCCGUCUGUCCGCACGUCCCGAAAUCUUGUGAACGCAACUCCGCGCUUAAACCGGAUGGCAGAUUUUGCUUUAACUUCCAGGGAUGAACAACCUUAAUGUGUAGAUGGCAGUAAAGGAAGGAAUUUUUGCUGCGACCAAAUUAAAAAAAAUUAUGGCCCUUUGUUGAUUUUUUCACUAUAUACUAGGUAGAAAUUUUGUGAAUGCAACUCCUCUUAAACCAGAUGGCAGAUUUUGCUUAAACUUCCAGGUAUGAACAACCUUAAUGUGUAAAUGGCAGUAAAGGAAGGAAUUUUUGUUUCGACCAAAUUUAAAAGAAUUAUGGCCCUUUGUUGAUUUUUAGUUUUCAACUUGUGACACAUGUAGUCCAAAAAAUAUAUUUGACCUAGAGUCAUAAGAUUGACAGAACAGUGGCGUGUGGGGGCAUCCGUGUCCUAUGGACACAUUUUUAGUUCAUUUAUAUGUUGAUGAUGAUGUAAAUGUAAAGUUGGAGGAUAUCUAUAGAAAAAAAAAUGUUUGAUAUCCGAUUUAAACCAUAAAAGUAGAAAGAAAGACGUUUAAUGUUUUUGUUUUGAAUCAAAAAUGAGAAAUCCAACACAAAUGAUAUCACGCAUACAAAGUUUCAUAAUUCCGUGAAUGCUUCAUUUAAAUGCCCUUACCUUAAAGUAACAAUAUGUAUUGCUUUAAUUUUUCGCUCUGAUCCCCCCAAACAAAAGCCGUUCAGGACAAGAUUCUUGAUGCUUUCUUGGUAAUUUGGUUGUAUGGCUUAAAAUUGUCUUCUCAACUGAAGGAAUCAAUAAUCCUAGUUGAAUUUCCUAAAGGCUUAUUUUGUCCGUUUUUUGACAGCUAUUAACAAAAUACAUACCAGAAGUGUUAUCUAAUUAUUACCCAUACGUUAUUAAAUAAUCAAAACAACGUUUCCAACCAGUUUCCAGGGCUUUUUGACUGAAACAGUAGCCUCUAGAGUAUGAACACGUUUUUUCCAUAUUUUGGCGAUGUGACCUAGUUUUUGACUCUAAGUGAUCCAUAAUUAAACGUGAGCGAGAUUAUUAACAAAUGUUUUGUCUAAUUUCCUGGGUAUUUAAACAGGAACAAUUAACCCCAGAUAAGACAUUUUCAAGCUAGCGCUAGAAAAAUCUCAACAACCUUUCUGACACAAUUUUCAGGAUAUUUGGACGUAAACAAUAGCCACUAGAGUGAUAACAAGAUUUUUCAAUUUUCAUUUCCUUAGAUCUAGUUUUUCAUCCAAGAUGACAUACAUGUACAUAGUUAAAUACAUUUAAUAUCAUUGUGUAUUGUAAUUGAGUAUAUUUAGGGAUUGAUUAUAUUGUUUGCAUUUAUUUAAAAACUGUUUUGAGAGCUGUUUUUUGUGAUUUGCCAGUUUCAAAACAAUACAUGUGCAUGACAUUUUCAGUUUUAUACAGAAUAUAUGAAAUGUUAAAUAAGAAAACAAGAAUCAGCAAGCAGUGCUUGUCAUUCUAAUGUGAAUAUUUCCUAAACAAAUUGGUUUACAAAACGGGUCAUGUUGACAUAUUUGAUGUUUGAAAACACGACAAAAAACUUAUUAUUUGUAUUUUUUGCCCAGAAAUUGUACAUACAGUGUAAUCGAUGGAAUUGCUUUCAGAGAUCUUCCUAGCAGGAAAAUGAUUUUCAUAUAUAUACUUAUAAAUAUGCAUUGCUCAUGUUAUCGUGUUAUUGUCUUGCUCGGUAAUAAAA